AUGCUGCGGUUCCUCCGUCGGACUUUGGGUCGUCGGUCGAUGCAGCGGGCCGGGCGCGGGCGCGGGACGGCGGGGGCGGCGGCGGCCGGGGGGGAGGGUCCGGCCGGGGGUCCGUCCGGGGGCCCGGCCCCCGCAGAGGGCCCCGCCUUGGGCCCCGCCUUGGGGCCCCCCCGCGCCCCGCUGGCCUGCCGGGUCUGCCUGCUCGACGGCACCGACCUCAGCGUCCACCUGCCGAAAAAUGCCAAAGGUCAAGAUUUGUUUGAUCAGAUUGUAUAUCACCUGGACCUCGUGGAAACAGAUUACUUCGGCCUACAGUUCCUAGAUUCCUCCCAGGUCACACACUGGCUGGAUCAUUCAAAACCCAUUAGAAAGCAAAUGAAAAUUGGACCUUCUUAUGCUUUGCACUUUCGAAUUAAAUACUAUUCUUCAGAACCGAACAACCUUCAUGAAGAGUUUACAAGGUACCUGUUCGUAUUACAACUCAGGAAUGACAUUCUUUCAGGAAAAUUGAAAUGUCCGUACGAGACCGCCGUGGAACUAGCCGCCCUCUGCCUCCAAGCGGAACUUGGGGAGUGUGAGCAGCCAGAACAUACCCCGGAGCUCGUGUCUGAAUUCAGGUUUAUCCCAAACCAGACAGAGGCAAUGGAGUUCGAUAUCUUCCAGAAGUGGAAAGACUGCAGGGGGAAGAGCCCUGCGCAAGCCGAACUGUCCUACCUUAACAAAGCCAAAUGGUUGGAGAUGUACGGCGUUGACAUGCACGUAGUGAAGGGAAGGGAUGGUUGUGAAUAUGCUCUUGGACUGACGCCGACGGGCAUAUUAAUCUUUGAAGGCGCUAACAAAAUAGGUUUAUUCUUUUGGCCCAAGAUCACAAAGAUGGAUUUUAAAAAGAGCAAAUUAACGCUUGUGGUCGUCGAAGACGACGAUCAGGGGAGAGAGCAGGAGCAUACAUUUGUGUUCCGGUUAGACAGUGCCAAAACCUGCAAACACCUGUGGAAAUGUGCAGUGGAACACCACGCGUUCUUCAGGCUACGGACACCGGCAAAUAGUAAAUCCAGCCGCUCCGACUUCAUCAGGCUGGGAUCUCGCUUCAGAUUCAGCGGAAGAACUGAAUACCAAGCCACGCACGGGGCUCGGCUUCGGAGAACGAGCACCUUUGAGCGGCGGCCCAGCAAGCGAUAUCCAUCCCGGAGACAUUCGACUUUUAAAGCCAACAACCCAGUGAAAGCUGCUCAGCUGUGUUCAAAAAAUAAUCCUGAAUUCCAUAGUUACCAGCCGCCCUAUCACCCCACCGUCCACCCCAGUCAGCAGCACUGGCACCCCCACUCCCCGAACGUAAGAUUCCCUCUGGCUUCACAAGUGCUGAACAACACCGACCUGCAUUCGUUCCACAUUGAGGAAAACGGCGGCACUUCAUUUAGCACAAAAAUAUCAGCAAGACAUCACCAUCACCAUCACCACCACCAUCAUCAUCAUCACCACUCAAAUUAUGGGGCUCCCAAGCUACCCGAGAGCAAAGAGGCCAUAUCUCCUGGGAUUGCCAAAGCCAACAAGCUGAACCCGGGAGCUGUCGGGCUGUUUGACGAGGCAGCUGCCAUCCACCUGAAGAAGAUGGAGUUGGAGAACGUGAAGCCCGCCGGGCCCUGGUCCUCCCUACACAUCAACAUAAACAAGGGGGAAGACAAGAAAAUAUCAGAGAAGAGUCUCCAUUCUCCGCUGUUACUCUCCCCUGUGCCUGACCAUAUGAAAUGUAACAUCCUGAAGGCUCAGUUCGAGGCGGGGUUUCGAGUGGGAGCCCAGGUUGGGAAGGAGGAGCCAACCUUCGUCAAUCCCAAUAAGACUUCCGGCCUUCAGGACCCUAAUGUAAGGAGUCCGAGCUCCACACCAGCCCCUGCGACACAGCCGGCCACCGAAAAGCAGGAAAUCAAACCUCCACGAGUGAGGAAGUUAACCAGACAAUACAGUUUCAACCACAGUGAUGAAGAUGACCUUCCUCCGGCCUUGGCAGCCACGGUGAUGGCCACAGGGACGACAACGAAGUCCACAUCCUUGUCGUCGGCAUCUCCCGCAUCUCAGAAGGCCAACACCCCUCAAACCCCCGUGGGACCCAGUCAGCUGUCCCCCUGUGCGAAGAAUUCCCCUGACGUUGGAGGAGUGUUUACUUUGGAACCAGGUGACUUGCUGAUGGAUUUCACGGAAGCCACCCCCAUGAUAAAGACAUUCCCCGCUGAUCCAUCUAAUCCUUUUUUCGAUCCUUUUACAACAGCACCGCAGUUUUCUGCAGAUUUUAAAGAAAAUAAAAUACAGUCCUGUGCUGUGUUGCCUUCUCCAGUGACCCCGAAAACCACAGUGAGGCCGUUGACAGAGACCGUCUCAACAGUGCAAACAAUGUAUACGACACACAAGCCUAUUUCUCUGGUGGACAGCACAGGGGCCGUCAGGCAUGAACUUGAGAGGGAAAAGAUGAUGAAGAGAAUGUUGAUGACAGAAUUAUGAACUUCUCCCUUUCAUCACAAGGAGGAUGGAGCAGAAUAUUCUGUCUGUUUACAGUCUUCAGCUUCAGUGUACCCAACAUAAAUGCAUCAUGAAAAUGUGUUGUGUGCUUGGCUCUUUUGGAUUCACCACGGUUGGUUAAAAUUAACUUUUGGCUUGUCUUUGACUCUAUAGAGUUCCUUUAUGCUAGUGUUGCUGAGAAAUCAAUCUUUCACCCUUUCAUUUCUCCGAUAUGGGUUUUCUACAGCUUAAAGCAAAUCUGGGGCUUGCUUUGGUAUGUCUAAGGGAAAAAAAUUGAUUCAGUGGGGAAAAAAAAAUGGAAAUUCCUUUUGGGAACCGCUCUUCUGUAUAUAUGUUAAUAAGUGCACAGAAAUUAAUGGUAUGCAGAAUAUUUUGAUAGCAAUCUAGAAAAUGUCAUUUUGUAUAACUGAAACUUGUACUGAGAUGCUGCUGUUUGUUUAAGAAUCAUUUCUAAGGAACAAAAAGAUUAUUUCACCUUGA